CUCCUCGGCCGUUCAUCCUCCAAAACCCUAACUUCAGCCGUCAUCCUCCAGAGUAAAGAAGUAAACGUUAUCUGUCAUCAGAAGCAAUACACAUAAUUCUCCAAUGAAAACGAUGAGGAGUGAUAGUGAAAUUAUGAACAAUCGAAGUGUUGUUACUGAUAAGAUUAGUCAGUUGCCUGAAGCUUUGAUUCUACAGAUAUUAUGCUUACUUCCUACAAAAGUUGCCAUAACCACGAGUGUUUUGUCCAAAAAAUGGCAGUCUCAUUGGAAAAUGAUGCCUAAACUCAAGUUUGAUUCUUUCCUUCGUAGACUUGACCUAGAGAAUGUUUGCAAGUCUUUGCUUUCACAUAAGGCUCCGGUUCUACAGAGUUUUGGUCUCAAAGUUCGUUUAGAUGGACGUAAUAAUGCAGUGGAUAUUGGAAUCUUGAUUGGAAUUGCAAUGACUCGCAAUUUGCGUAAGUUGGUACUAGAAGUUUACUUUCACAGAGGGUCAUUUGCAUUUCCUAGAAGCUUGUAUAACUGUGAAACACUAGAGACUUUGAAACUCAUCCUUAAUGUUGUUAUGGAUGUCCCUUCUUCGGUUUCUCUGAAAUCCCUUAGAACUCUGCAUCUUCUAGCUGUGGACUUCAAAGACGAUGAAUCCGUUAUUAACCUUUUAUCUGGCUGUCCUAAUCUUCAAGAUUUGGUAAUGCGUAGAAAUUCAAGUAGUAGUGUGAAAACUUUCACUAUUGUAGUGCCAUCUUUACAGAAACUAGCAAUUCAUAAUGGCAGUGGUAGACAACAACAUUGGGGCUAUGUGAUAAAUACUCCUUCUUUGAAAUACUUGAAGCUUGAAGGGUCUAAGGCUUUUGAGUCUUUUAUGAUUGAGAACGUACCGGAGCUUAUGGAGGUACAUAUUACCGAUGUCUCUGAGAUAAUCGACGAGAAACUUCUGGUAUUUCUCACUUCGGUUAAACGUCUUUCCUUGGCUUUAACACCCACGGUGUUUACGUUUCCUACCGGUAUCAUCUUCAACCAGUUAGUAUAUUUGGAGGUAUAUACAAAUAAAAAAGAAUGGUGGAAACUACUUCCCCUCGUGCUCCAUAGUUCUCCUAAACUGCAAGUCCUCAAGCUCAUCGAUGACAUAGAUUGGAUGAACUUUGUUGAGGCUAGUGGAGAAUGGAAUCAACCAAAGAAUGUUCCAGAAUGUUUGUUGUUUCAUCUUGAGACAUUCAUGUGGGAAGGCUACAAAUGGAAACGAGAAGAGGAGGUAGAAGUGGCGAAAUACAUUUUAAAGAACACGAACCGUUUGAAGAAAGCUAUGUUCUCCCUAAAAUGUAUCAGUUCUGAAGAGAGGCUUGUAGUGGUUAAAGAUUUGAAAAAUGUUGUCAGGGCUACAACAAAUUCAUGCCAGUUUCAAUUCAUAUGAA